AUGGUAGCCAGCGUUGUUUGCCUUGCCAUACUUGAAAAUGGCCAAAGGAAAAAGUUGACGCUGCAGUCAGGCCUUCAAGAUGAGUUGCUCACGGAGCUGUCAUCAAUUACAAGCAUCACUGACAGCACGUUGCUUCAGAUAUACGAUGACGAGCUAGAAGACUUUGUGGACCUCGAGCCGGGCACGCCUGUCCAUAACAAGGCAAAAAUGAAGCUCGCAAGGAAGUUGGUUCGACAAGCAGAUGACAACCUUCGGGAGCACCUGCGGGCACAUGCUGGUGAGGUGACACAGCAGAAGUACAAGUGCGACCACUGUGGCAAACCCUUCUACAGCAUCUGGCUGCUCAAGAUCCACAUCCGCGUGCACACCAGCGAGCGGCCGUUCCCCUGCGACUUCUGCAACAAGGGCUUCCCGUCGGUCAAGGCGCUCAAGAAGCACCGGCGCAUGCACAGGGUGGAGAAGCCGUUCGCCUGCGCCGAGUGCGGCAUGCGAUUUUCACUCAAGGGGACGCUCAACCGCCACACGUGCAUCCACACGGGAAUCGGACAGCACAAGUGUUCGUACUGCGGCAAGGAGUUCAUCCAGGGUGGCGGACUCAAGGCGCACCUGUUCCAUCGCACGGGUAUGAACGGCUUCAAGUGCACCGCCUGUGACAAGGAAGGGGAAAAUGAAGAGUCUGCUCAAGUCAACGGUGGCUCCCCUGAGAAGGAAAAUGAAGCAGAAGUGGGCGAGAACAGCCCAGUGAAGAACGUCCAAGCAGUAACAGACGUCAUCAAGGCUGCCAAAGCCGAAGAGCGUCUGCAGCAGCUGAAGCGUCGAAAGCGGGGGUCGCCUCCGGACAACACCAUUGAGAAGGACCUGGACUGCCCUGUCUGUGGCAAGCAAUUCACCAAAAAGUACUACUUGCAGCGCCACCUCCAAAUGACUGUCUGCUCGGGCAAGCCCCCGCCCUCUCACCCCUGCGAAGUGUGCGGAAAGGUCUACUCCCGCAAGGACAACCUUCGGGAGCACCUGCGGGCACAUGCCGGUGAAGUGACGCGGCGGAAGAAGUACAUGUGCGACCACUGCGGCAAGACCUUCCACGGCAUCUCGCUGCUCAAUAUCCACAUCCGCGUGCACACCGGCGAGCGGCCAUUCUCCUGCGACUUCUGCAGCAAGGGUUUCCCAUCGGUCACAGCGCUCAACAAGCACCGGCGUAUUCACACGGGAGAGAAGCCGUACGCCUGCUCCGAGUGCGGCAUGCGAUUUUCACUCAAGGGGACGCUCAACCGCCACACACGCAUCCACACGGGAAUCCGACCGCACAAGUGUCCAUACUGCGGCAAGGAGUUCAUCCAGGGUGGCGGACUCAAGGCGCACCUGUUCCAUCACACGGGCAUGAACGGCUUCAAGUGCACCGUCUGUGACAAGGUUUUCAACCGCAAGGCUCGGCUAGACCUGCACAUGAAGUACCUGCACCUAAAGGAAAAGCCACACGUCUGCGAGGACUGUGGCAAGGGUUUCACGCGGCUCGAGGACCUGAACCGUCACUUAGUCCUGCACACGGGUGAGAAGCCAUUCCAGUGCCCAACGUGCCACAAGCGCUUUGCCAUCAAGCCCUCGCUCAAGAUCCACAUGGUGACCCACACCAAGGAAGAGCCCCGGUCGUGCCACGAGUGCGGCCGCGCCUUCAUUCGCAAGGAUUGCCUCAUGCGACACAUGCGCAAGCGCCACCGCGACCUGCUCGACCGCAUCCUGCUCGACGAGGAGGACGACCGCAUCGCCCCGACCCCCGUCGCCACUCCGGGAGGCAUGGCCAACACGGAUAGUGGCAUCAAGCUGGGUGCCCAGGCAGGCACUGUGGCCCGGAUCCUGUCGGAACAGGUGCGAGUCCACUAUCUUGGGCUUUUGUGUACAAGAUUGUCCCUGAAAAUGUUAGCCAGCAAACACUCGUAUACUAUCUCAAGUCAUCAAAACUGCCAAGGAACCGAGAGUUCUCCCAUCCUUUUUGCUCGUUUACCAUGUGUAGUCCUGCUUAUGCUCUUGUUUUAUUUUAUUUUUCCGCAGGCUCUUUGCGAGAGCAUUCGCGAGCUGCUGGGCCUGCUCGUUGAUGAGCCAACGUUGAAGGGCUUUGGAUACCCGGACAAGCCCGUGGAUGAACUGCUCGAAGCGGUCAUCCGUCGCUGCGGCCACAGCCCGGCUAGUCCCGACGACUACAACUACGUGGACCGGCUGCGUGAGAACUCCAAGCUGCUCUUCACAGUGGUCAUUGACGACAGUGCUGUCAAGACUCUGCUCAAUAACCAGACUGUCGACGAGGUCAUUCUACACGUGUUGCGUCUCGCAAAGUCCUAGCUUCUCAUUGUCGUCCUUCCCCCAUCUCGUUUCGACUAACUGAGGGUGCACAGAAGCAAACGAUUUGUCUUCUAAUUGUAGUAGGGUGGCACUCACAUGGGUUGUGCGGGCUGAGCUUGUUUGAUUUCCACGUGCUAUCAUAACGGAAGGGACCACAAUAUGUUAAUGCUGUGCAACAUUACUAUUUAGCUGACUCCUACUGCAGACAGUAGCAGUCAGUUAAAUACGUUCUUGGUAGUGAAAGCCCUUGGAACCUGGAAAAGCAUAAUGUCAGCGGUCUUGUUACGCGUUGUUGCAAACACAUUUCGUGGUUCUGAAGAUUUUCAAGGGACUGCGCACUUGUAGCUUAACAGAAUAGCUUUUCCUGCUUUCACAUAAAUACGCAUGACCAGUGUUGUCAGUCCUGCAUCUAGUCGUAAACACAUCUUAUGCCUGUUUAUUGGCUCAGUAAAUGACAAUAGUUCUUGAAGCAAAAAAAAAAAAGAUAGACAGAUAAAGAACAGGAACAAUGCCUGGAAACAGGUUAGGCCUGGCAUAAGCUUUUUUUUUUUUUUUUUCUGAACUGUAAAGUGGAAGUUUCUGGCUGCUGGCAUAACUGACUUGGUGAGUGCCCAUAAGGUCGUGAAGUCACGAGAAAGCCGUCGUCAGAAGGUAAACGUUGAUGUCAAGUUGAACAGAAAGCUCGUAGCACACAUUACGGUGCGACAAAGCACAUCUGCUUUUUUGCACCCUCACUUAACCUCUCCUGUGCUUUGCACACCAUGUAUUCUUUGUCUUCACUCUGUAUCAUUUUUUUUUUAUUAUUGCAUUGCACAAUGCCCAUGCUUAGCUGGGCAUGAACAGAGCAGCAGGCAGUUGGAAAUGUGCUCGGUUUUGUCGCGAGUCCUGUAGGUGCGUUUGUGUAUUCCAGGGGGAGGGAGAAUCCGGUCUACCAACAUGAAGAUUGUCACGAUCAUGGGCACGCACAAUCUACACCGGCCUGGUAGCCCAAAUCGUACGAAAAGAACUAACUGCAUUCUCUCCCAUUCGAUGUUUUUGACUCUUGUGGCACAUUCCCAGACCUGUAGCAGAAGUUGUAGGAGAGGGUUACUGGCGAAAGCAAGGCGUCUCCUAGUCUGUUGGUUUUCUGGCCACUUUGCAAGAGGAGCGCGAGUUACAUGAUGCACUCUGUGUGUGUUUUAAGUGUUUGUAGCAGUUUUGUUGUAAGGCAAC